AUGAAGGGCAUACCUCUCUUCCUCGAGAAGUUGGCGCCACUGGCAACUCCCAAGGUGCCCGUUCAGGAAAAGCGCCCGCCGCCCGCCGCCGGCGUCGCGGCCUCUUACGACUACCUGGUGAUCGGGGGCGGCUCGGGCGGGCUGGCCAGCGCGCGCAGGGCGGCGGAGCUGGGCGCUAGGGCCGCCGUGGUGGAGAGCCACAAGCUGGGCGGCACAUGCGUGAAUGUUGGAUGUGUACCCAAAAAGAUGCAGUUCCAUUUCCUAGAACUAAUCACAGAAGACAGGGCUUCAACAAAUCUGAAACUUAAAACAAGGAUGGUAAUGUGGAACACAGCUGUCCACUCUGAAUUCAUGCACGAUCACGUUGAUUACGGCUUUCAAAGUUGUGAGAGUAAAUUCAAUUGGCGUGUCAUAAAGGAAAAGCGUGAUGCCUAUGUGAGCCGCCUGAAUACCAUCUAUCAAAAUAAUCUAACCAAGUCCCAUAUAGAAAUCAUCCAUGGCCACGCAGCGUUCACGUGUGAUCCCGAGCCCACAGUAGAGGUCAAUGGGAACAAAUACACUGCUCCUCACAUCCUGAUUGCCACAGGUGGUGUGCCCUCACGUCCUCAGGAGAGCCAGAUUCCCGGUGCCUGCCUAGGAAUAACCAGUGAUGGAUUUUUCCAGCUGGAAGAAUUGCCUGGCCGCAGUGUCAUUGUUGGUGCGGGCUACAUUGCUGUAGAGAUAGCUGGGAUUCUUUCCGCUCUGGGCUCAAAGACAUCACUAAUGAUACGGCAUGAUAAGGUACUUAGAAAUUUUGAUUCAAUUAUCAGUUCAAACUGCACUGAAGAGCUGGAGAAUUCUGGCAUAGAGGUCCUGAAGUACUCACAGGUCAAGGAAGUUAAAAAGACUUCCUCAGGCUUGGAAGUGUGCAUGAUUACUUCAGUUCCUGGUAGGAAACCCACCUUGACCACAAUUCCAGAUGUUGACUGCCUCCUAUGGGCCAUUGGGCGGGACCCAAACUCCAGUGGCCUGAAUUUAAACAAAGUGGGGAUUCAAACUGAUGACAAAGGUCAUAUCAUAGUAGAUGAAUUCCAGAAUACCAGCAUAAAAGGCAUCUAUGCAGUUGGGGACGUGUGUGGAAAAGCUCUUCUUACUCCAGUUGCCAUAGCUGCUGGCCGAAAACUUGCCCAUAGACUUUUUGAAUGCAAAGAAGAUUCCAAAUUAGACUAUGACAACAUCCCCACGGUCGUCUUCAGCCACCCCCCGAUUGGGACAGUGGGACUCACGGAAGAUGAGGCCAUUUAUAAAUAUGGAAAAGAAAAUGUGAAGACCUAUUCAACCACCUUUACCCCAAUGUAUCACGCCGUUACCAAAAGGAAAACAAAAUGUGUGAUGAAAAUGGUUUGUGCCACCGCAGAGGAAAAGGUAUGGGGAAAAUGUAGUAAGCUAAAAAAUGUUUUCAGACUUGCAGGGAUGGGGGUAUUUUGGUGGGGUGGGGAGACCAAGUAAAGUGUUAAGCCUUCU